GAAAUUCUUACACCCAACUUUCCUAUAAAUGAAGCCCCUCAUCUCUUCAACCCACAAAUCAAUCAAACAUCACAUAACACAAACUCUACUUACCCUAAGCCAAACUUAAUUUCUCUCUUGCAAGAAAGAGUGAGGGAAGAAAUAAAAAGAAGAUGAAGAUGAGCAGCAGCAGCAAGAGAAGAAUAUCAAGCAGAGGAAUAGCAGGAGUGUUGAGAGAGCAAAGGGCUCGUCUCUACAUCAUCCGACGCUGCGUCGUCAUGCUUCUUUGCUACCAUGAUUAGCUACACCACACCAUCCCACUUCACAUGUAAAUACACACAUCAUCAUUAAACUAGAGCUAGUAGCUUCACAGUUUUGUACUACUCCUCCUACACUAAUCUUGGCCUUUUUAUUGUAUUAUUGUACUAGUUACUAUACAAUUAUGAUCAAAUACAAACAUUGUUUUCAUUCCA